AAGGUGUGAUAAUUAUGUUAGGUUAAAUAAGGUUAUGUGAAACGUCAGGCUGAGGCAACACUUCGGCAAAUUGUUAAACAAAAUUAAUUUUCUAUAUUAUUUAAUUUAAUUUAUUAAACAAACUUAAAAAAUGCCAACAAUCGGUGUAAAACGGGACCUUUUAUUUGAAGCUUUGGGAAAAAAGUACACUGAUGAUGAGUUUCAAAAGUUGUGCUUCGAAUUUGGGCUGGAAUUGGACGAAGUAACAACAGAGAAGCAAAUGAUAUCAAAGGAACAAGGUGAAGACUCACAAUUAUCCCAAGGUGCUUCUGAGGAUGUAAUUUACCGUAUAGACAUUCCUGCUAACAGAUAUGACUUAUUAUGUCUCGAGGGACUUGUCACAGGAUUACUGGUGUUCCAAGGAAAAAUGUCCCCACCACAAUUCAAAGCUAUCGACAAAGGGGACGACAAAAUAAAACUAAUAAUUAAGCCGGACACCGCCAAAAUAAGACCCUUCGCAGUGGCAGCAGUGCUGAGGAACCUCCGCUUCACCACAGACACCUACAACAGCUUCAUCGACCUGCAGGACAAGCUGCACCAGAACAUUUGCCGGAAACGUUCCCUCGUGGCCAUAGGCACCCACGACCUAAGCACAUUAAAGCCCCCAUUCUUCUACGACGCCAAGAAACCCACCGACAUUAAGUUCGUACCUUUGAACCAGACCAAGGAGUACACAGCUGAGGAGCUGAUGACUUUUUAUUCGACCCACGCCCAACUCAAGCAGUAUUUGCACAUAAUUAAAGACAGCCCCGUUUAUCCUGUUAUAACGGACAGCAACGGGGUCGUUUUGUCUUUGCCACCGAUUAUUAAUGGGGACCAUUCAAAGAUUACCCUCAACACCAAGGACGUAUUUAUUGAGUGUACGGCCACAGACGUCACUAAGGCCAAAGUUGUCUUGGAUACAAUUGUGGCGAUGUUCAGUCAAUACUGCAGUAACAAGUUUGAAGUGGAAAUUUGUGAAGUUGUGUACCCCGAUGGCUUAAGAUUUGCCACACCUGAGCUCCAGUACACCAGUCGGACUGUGUCCGUCGACAAAAUAAGGUCAAAGAUUGGCAUUGACUCAGAUGGUGAGACCAUUGAGGCUUUGCUGAACAAGAUGGGGCUGUCACCGAGUUUAACUUCAGAUGGGGACAACAUAAAGGUGCAUGUGCCACCCACACGCCACGACAUCAUGCAUGACUGCGACAUUUACGAGGACGUGGCCAUUGCCUACGGUUACAACAACAUUAAGCGUACUGUGCCAGACACAAACACAAUUGCCAGCCAGUUGCCUGUUAACAAACUCUCUGAUUUGUUAAGAGGGCCAAUUGCCCAAGCUGGCUUCACUGAAGCUUUAACAUUCACUUUGUGUUCCAGGGACGACAUUUCUACUAAGCUAGGCCUUGGAGGCAUUGAAGAGGUGCCAGCUGUGCACAUUUCCAACCCCAAAACUUUGGAAUUCCAAGUAUGUCGUACAACUUUACUACCAGGCAUUCUGAAGACGAUUGCUGCCAACAAAAAGAUGCCUUUACCUCUUAAAAUCUUCGAAAUUUCCGACGUUGUUCUAAAAGACUCAAACUCAGAAGUUGGGGCCAGGAAUGAGCGACGAAUUUGCGCCGUAAACUGCAACAGGAACGCCGGUUUUGAAGUUGUGCACGGCCUUUUGGACAAAAUCAUGCUCCUUUUGGAAGUUCAGUGGUCCCCCAAGAGGACCAAUGUUGGUUACUACCUGAGAGCCGGACAAGACCCAGCUUACUUCCCUGGACGAAUGGCUGAAGUUGUGUGCAACAAUCAAGUUAUUGGGAAGAUUGGGGUGUUACAUCCAAACACAUUGUCCAAGUUUGAGCUCAACAAUCCUUGUUCUGCUCUUGAGAUCACCAUUGAACCUUUUGUUUAAACAGCAUUUAAUGUUUAUUAUUAAAUUAUUAUUGCUUUAUGUUCACCGGAACAAUUAAACACAAUAAAAGCAAAUGUCGAAA